AUGGCAGAUCUGAACUGUACCGUCGCGCCCAGGCAGGCGAGCACAGAUCCAGGUGUUGCAGGAGCCGGAACUCUGCUCUCGUUCAUCAUCACUGCCGGGAUUGCACUUCUGAUGAGUGGGAUAAUCGUGCUCCACGAACUUCGAUCAAAAGAAGCCAAAGUCAUUCGGAAACUCCUCCUCUCCCUUAGCGACCAGCAAGUCAUUACUGGAAUCGGAAUACAAUCCGUCGGCCUCGCGAAAAUGAGGACGAUGGUUCCAUAUCAUUUCUUUAUAAUCUGGAUGCUCUCGCUGCUCUCCACAGCGACUCAUAUUGGAACCCUCCUGGCCCUGGUCAAUGAUUUCAAAAGAGAUUGGGUCUUGCGAUGGUUGCGACAAUUCUUCAUGUUCGUGAACCUCGUGCUCUCGGUCAUCUCUGGAAUCUUCAUUUUGAUGGCAACUAUGAAAGAUUUGAAGCAAACUCUACCGAUUGCUUGUGUGUGGGUGGUAUCUUCUACUGGUGCUCCAUCAAAUGCCGGGAUUUCAAUCGCGGGAACUAUUGCCGUGAUUUCAGGGCAGUGUAUUUUCUUCGGCGUUGGCGUCUGGUAUCUCCAUAUUAGGGAACGUCGAUGGAUCACACUGAUCCAGAUCGUGGGCCUUCUUGUCAUGGUGGCGAUAGGAGCAACUGCUGCUGUCCGCGUCAUACUUCUCUCUCAAGCAUUUGGUACACCAUCGUUGCCACUCUCAGAUACGGGAGAAAAAGAUUGGAGUUUUGGGCAGCUGCUUCCUCUUUUGCUUCUUCUAUUGCCUCUCGUUUCGGCCGUCGAAAUCAUGCGUGGGGAGAUGAAGGUGCCUUCUCCGGUGCCUGAUGAUAGCAUAAAUUUGCUCGAGACCAAAGACAAACGAAAUUCUUUCGACGUGAACCCUUUCUGGGGCGAGCCGCGGAGUCACUUCAGCAAAGGGUGA